GCGGGGCGGGCCGGGCUGGCCGGGCCAGGCACUAGUUCAGACGAGGCGGGACGGCCCUGGACUGCAGCAGGAAGCCGGAAGCUCGGGCUCCCGCUCCCAGAUAUGGCCGGGAUUAAAGCUAUACUUGUUUUGUCCUUCAGUGCAGUCAUCGGACUGAUUUUGCUCGUGUCGGGAUGUGCCCUGCAGGCUGAUGGAACCUACUGGUCUCUGUUGGUGCUGAUAUUCUACGUGCUCUGCCCCAUCCCUUUCUUCAUUGCCAAGAGACUCUUGGAUGACCCGGACGCCUCGACCAGCGCCUGCCAGGAGCUGGCGUACUUUUUCACCACAGGGAUCGUUGUGUCCGCCUUCGCCCUUCCCAUCGUCCUUGCACGGGUUUCUCUGAUCAAGUGGGGAGCCUGUGGCCUGAUGUUAGCGGGCAACGUGGUCAUUUUUGUCACCUUUCAAGCCGCCUUCUUUGUAUUUGGUAGAGGGGACGACUUCAGCUGGUAGCAGGGGCAGGACGUCAGUGGGCCGCCACUUUGGACUUUGUCCUGAUCACUCAGACUCCAUGAGUUCCUCUUGGUGGAAGCGUGUGAGGUGAUGUUGUGUCACCUUCCCGCAUUGUUUCUGUGUCAUACAUUUUAUUAAGGGAAAGUACCAGCACUUAGAGUAACGAUUCCAUUAUCAGCAGAUAGUUCUGUCCGCAUAUUCAUAUUUAUGAGUUAUACUGUUUAGCUUCCUUUUGUUUCCACUAUUUUCCAAGCUUGGUUGUGCACGUGUGUGUGUGUGUAAUUACUUAAGACAACUUUGCAGUCCAUUACUACUCACCAUGUACUGAACAUGUACAUCUAGGGACAUUGCAGUUGACCCUUGAGUCAAAGACAGAAGCUGCUUGGGAGCGCCAUAUUGGUGGAGUGGAAUGAUGGGAGUUGGCUCUUCCAGAGUAAAAUCCUUGCCGCAUAAUAGGUGCUUUAUCACUAUCAAUUAAAUCGCUAAAGUCAUUUGUCCUGUCCAGGCAUGAAAUAUGGAGGUGGCAAAUUCUUUAGAGCAGGGGUAUUUAACCUGUGUCCACAAAAGGCUGAAGAUAGAUUUUGGGGGAUCUGGGAACGUAGAUGGAAAAAAAAAUGGGUCUUCAUUCCCACUAACCUUCUUUGAUUUUCUUUGUAACUUGAUGUAUUUUAUUUGAUUCUGAGAAAGGAUCCCAAGGCUUUGCCAGAUGGCAGAGAGUAAGGCCCAUGACAAUGGGGUUGAGAAGCCCUGCUUUAGAAAGACAGUGGAGUGAAGUAGAUCAUGGAGCAGGCUUUGUGUUGAGGAACCUGGGCUCUGGUCUUUCUGGAUACAAUCUAGCUGGGGGACCCUGAGUAGAUCUCUUCACUUCUCAGCCUUCACCCUGGCAAUUCUCUUGAAAACAAUUUGGAGGUAAAUUGCAUUUGUAUCAGUAGAAGGAAAUUUCACUGGGUACUUUUCUCAAGGUUGUGGGAUACCCCCACAAAAUUGUUUAAAGGAUGGUACUGGGAAGCAGGUGACUUGGGUUCUCAAUUGGAUUCCCUGUGAAGUGGGGCUAAUGCUUCUAUAGCAGGCAGCAAACCGUGUGCUUCUCAUGGGAUUCCUUCCGGAUCUAUGAUUUGUGAUGAUUUUUGACUCCCAUGUUACUCUUGGUAAAGGAAGUUCCCAGUUUCCCCUCCUUCCCUCAGUCAUUACACCUUGGAUCUAAUAUGAGCUCUUUUAUCCUCCUUGCAUGACCUCAUGCAGAUCAUUCCCUCUCCCUUAUGCCUCAGUUUUCUUCUCUGUAAAGAUGAAGGUGUCAGAUUACAUGACCUUUAAGACUUCUUCCAGCUUUAAGUCUCUAAUCUAUACCUUAGGAACAUCGAUCAUUCUCACACAAGCCAUGGUAGAGGCUGUGAGGACACAGGUUAGAACCCACCAGGGUCAUCAUGGAGCCAUGAGAAGCAGUCUGGAGUGAGUCCCGGUGCUGGAGAAUGACUCUUCUUUUCUUCCUCUCACUCCCCUUUUGUCUCUUGUCCUCCCUUAUUAUUAGCAGGGUCAUUGGGCAGAAUUGAGCAGGGAUUCUGAUCAACUACAAUUCUUCCAUUUUCUUCUGACUACUUGUCUUGGUUUUCCCUUGUGAGCAGGGUUAUUGGGCGGAGUUAAGCAGGGAUUCUUUCUUUCCUACAACUUUUCCUUUUGUGAUCAUCUUCUUCUUUCUAAUUAUUCCUCCACACCUUGUCCCUUUCUCCAGUAGAACAGUGAGGAAAAGGAGGUCUGAGUCUGGCUGGACAAAUUGCUUCUUCAUUUCACCAAAGUGCCUGUUGGACUUGAACAGCCUUUGUGCUUUGUAAAAUCUGUCUGUGGAAAUGACACCUUUAUCAAUUCCUGUAAAAUAUGAUAUUUUUGAUAUAAUCAACUGACUUAUUUUUCUUUGUAUGUAUAUCAUUCUGAAUGAAAUAUAAGCAUUUUUUUUAAAAAACCUUA